CACACACACACGCAGCAGGAGCCGGCACGUGGGCGCUGCUGCUGCUUGCAGCCAGCCCAGCGCCUUCCCUCCCAGUGUUUGCCAGGAGCCCGGGCAGCCAGCGCCCCAGGCGGGCAGAGAGCAGCAGCAGCAGCAGCAGGAGGAGGAGGAGGAGGAGGAGGGGGGCGGCCCGGCAGCGAGGGGGGCUCAGCGGCCAGGAGAGAGCGGGAACCCCGGCCCCACCCCAUGCGUGCACCCCAGAGCCACCCGCUCGGGCGGAGCCCCGCGCCCCGCCGGCCGGAGCGCGAGUAGGAGCCGGCUGCAUGGGCGCCCCGGGGAGGAUGCUCGGGCUGUAGGCGCCUGCCCCGGCUCGCGGCUCGGGAGCAGCCCGGUGCUGCCCCCGGCAUGAUCUGCUGCCGGCGCUGGCUGCGUCUCCCCCGCUCCGUCCCCAUGGACUUAGCUGCGGUCGCCGGCCGGAGCGCGUGAGCCUGGGCGUCCCGCCGAGCGGGGCCGGCCCCCGGGAACUGGAGGAUACUGCAGCAUCCUCAGGGACAUACAUACAGAAGGCUGAGCUGGAGCCUGUGUGGGACUUAAAAAGGACUUCCAGUUGGUGGUAGCCUGAGGAACUUCCUUUCACUCCAAUGUUGCUCCGAAACUAAAUUGUCUCCAGAAUUCGGAACCAUCAGGUUUGCUAAGAUGCCCCAGGAACAGUAUGCACACAGGAGCGCCAUGCAGAGCUCGGAAGGCCCACAGGUAUACAAAGUGGGGAUUUACGGCUGGAGGAAGAGAUGCCUCUAUUUCUUUGUGCUACUCCUAAUGAUUUUAAUCCUGGUGAACCUUGCCAUGACCAUCUGGAUUCUCAAGGUUAUGAACUUCACAAUUGAUGGAAUGGGGAACCUGAGAAUCACAGAGGAAGGUCUGAAGCUAGAAGGAGAUUCAGAAUUCUUGAAACCUCUCUACGCCAAAGAAAUCCGGUCCAGACCAGGCAAUCCAUUGUACUUCCAAUCUGCCAGAAAUGUUACAGUGAACAUUCUCAAUGAGAAGACUAAAGUCCUUACUCGUCUUGUAACAGGUCCCCAAGCAGUGGAAGCACACAGCCAAAAAUUCGAGGUGAAAUCCCUCUCUGGAAAAUUGCUGUUUUCUGCAGAUGACAACGAAGUGGUCGUGGGAGCAGAGAGACUGAGAGUUUUAGGAGCAGAAGGCACAGUGUUCCCUAAAUCUAUAGAAACUCCCAGUGUCAGGGCAGACCCCUUCAAGGAACUAAGACUGGAGUCACCCACACGCUCUUUGGUGAUGGAGGCUCCAAAGGGAAUUGAAAUUAACGCAGAGGCCGGCAACAUGGAAGCCACAUGCAGGACGGAGCUGAGGCUGGAAUCAAAAGAUGGAGAGAUUACGCUGAAUGCUGAAAAUAUCAAACUGCCUAGAUUGCCUCUAGCAUCCCACUCCUCUACCGGAUCCAGGCAAAAAAUCUACGAGCUGUGUGUGUGUUCCAACGGGAGGUUAUUCCUGUCUCAGGCAGGAGCUAGCUCCACCUGCCAGAUAAACACAAGCAUCUGUUCUUGAGAGACGGUUCCCAGCAGGCAGCACAAAGGCCCUGUUCUGGUCUCACAGAUAGCUGCUCCCAACUAUUUUUGCUAGAACCCAGAAAGCCUAUCAAAGACUUUUUUGUGUGUGUGUGCGCGCGUGUGAAUAUAUAUAUAUAUAUAUAAAAAAAUAUAUAUCCUCUGUGUAAAACGAUGUUUCAGUACAAUGAAUCCCAGGGUGACCCUAUUACAUUCUGUUAAAUUGGACUCACUACUCCCUGAACCCUUCUGUAUUAAUAUAGUCUAAUGGUCCUCCCUUAUAACUCACCGUCUCCUCAUAGCAGUGGAAACAAUGUCUGAUUAAGUACAUGGACUGACGUACUCCUAGCAUCAUGCAAAAGGAGAACAACUCUGAUAAUUUUUGCACCAUUGAAAUCAGUGGCAACAGAAUGGCCAGCAAGGCAGAGCAAAUGGCCUCGAGAACUCCAAGACGCCGGUCACUGAAUGACACUCUAUUUUUAAUCUAAAGUAGAGCAACCUAAUUGGGAGACUCUACACUGCCCUCCAGGAAAACUGGGUUUGAUUCCCAGUGCUGGUCUCCCACCACUUAGCCUUUGGAAGCAGGGAAUAUAGGCCCCAAUCCUGUUCUCACUGGAGUAAAUGGCAAAACUCCCAUUGACUUAAGUGGUACUGGAUCAGGCCCAGAGAAAGUAGAGAAUGGCAUGCAUCAUUCAGCUGUGACACACUCAUCCAGUGAAGGGCUCUGAAGGGAGCCCCUUUUAGUCCUCCUUGGCAGAUAGAGGUAUAAAUGAUCAGGGAAUUUGACAUUUAUGUGGGGGGUCCCUGUCUCUGGGAGAAAAAUGAAAUUAAGGCUAAUUCUGUUUUCCUGGGGUUUACAAUAGUGAUCCCUGUUUGUGUAGCUGACAUUUUAUUACGUUACUUUGCAUCAACAGGAAAACUAACUGUGUGAAUAUCACAUCCCCUGUUAACAAAAAAAUUCUUUAAUUUAAAAAAAAGAUAAAAAUUGUUGCAGUUACAAAAAUACCAGGUCUGCAUAGCCAUCAGGUGUUCUGGUUCACCCUAGAGCGUUCAAUCCUACACUCUAGGAGUCUGGGGUAAUUCUGCUUUUAAAAUAAACCACCUCCCUCCCUCUCUCUCUCUCUCACACACACCCACCCCUUGCAAAGCUGAGAACGUGUAAGAUUUGGCCGGAACCUAUCUGAGAGACAGUGAAACUCACACAAAAGAGAAGCAUUAUCCAAAUUCUCUGCAGGGAUUUUUUUUUUUAAAUAAAACAGGGAGGGCAGUCUGAGGUCACUCACUUUUUAUGGAGAUUGCAAAUAUCAGAGAUGCUGAUUAGGAAACAGGACUUUUAAAAAAUGUUUUAUAAAGAUGAUGACCAAAUUAGGUCACAGAAAAGUAAGGCUUUGGGCUCUGGGUCAUCCUGAACUUGAACCCAAAUAACUCAGUAUUUGAAUCUGUUUUUCAUGAGUGGGGUUUUUUCCCCUCCAUGAGGCAUUUAUAGGGAAGGAAAAAUGUAAGAUCUGAUCUUGUCACACUGUUUCCAUUAUCCAAAAAUGGGAAUACCAUGAGCAGUGUGAAGAUCUCAUAGUUACUGGAUUUCAACUCCAUCAGUGGCUCCCCCAGGCAUUUAAGAAGCCUUUGAAAAACAUACAGGGUAAAUUUUUCAAAAGUCCCUAAAUCCUGUUAACUUUCAAUGAGACCUGGGUUGCUAGGUCAUCGCUUUUGAAAACGUUACCCCUAUACAAAUACUCAAACCUGUCCAUACCUCUGGUGAUACUGAAAGUACAUUGAUCUCCGCCAAACAAUUUUCAAGAUUAGAUAUCACAAAAACAAAAUGUUUAGAGACAGUUUGGCCAAUUUCUACAUGAGUCACUUGUAUGGGGGGGCGGGGGCGGAGGGCUCGAGAGUGCCAGGUUUCUGGAUUUUUUAAAUGUGCGUAUAGGGCAUAAUCCAAAGCUGGUUGAAGUCAAUAGAAAGACUCCCAUUGACUUGCAUGGAAUUUGGAUCAGACUGUUAGAAAAAAAACCUAUCCCCCUUUGGUCCUUCUGGUUGUUUUGCUCGCUAACAAAGCACACUUGAGGACACCCAUAAAAUGUUACACUUGACAGAGGUUAAAAAUGAUUAGUUCUACAAUUUUCUUAGUGAUACGGUUAGGUUAAUUAUCAAGUUCAAACUAUUUGUUAAUGAAUGCAAAGGGUCACCCAGGAUAACAAUUGUAUUGGGACAUAGGACUAUACCAUCUCUGUUCAAAGAGGGGAAAUUGUGCCUAUGCCUUAAGUCAAUGCACUCAGCAAGGAGAAGCACAUCAUAUUUAUCUUGUUAUUAAAACGACUUUAUUUUGUGGGGGGACAGUUGGAAGGGAGGGUGGCGGCUGUCAACAGAUGUCAUGGGAGCCGAUGGUGCAACAUGAAGCAGAUUUAAGUGAAAUCCAUAAAGGCUGUGAGGGCCGCUGGAGUGAGUAUAGCCUUUUUACCAUAUUAAAUAUAACAAAAGACAAUGUAUGUUACCUCCAGACCAUAGCUGAAGUCCCACUCAUAGCUCCAAGUGGAAUACAUUUACUGUAGUAUUUUUUUCUCAUUUUGUUUUGUAUUGGACAGUAAUUCAUAUCAUAUGCAAGGGCCGAUUCAUAAAAAAAAAUUGUCCAGGAUACACAAGGUUCUAACGAAGUUUGAGCUGCAGAAAGAGUGUAUUGUGCAAAGGUCUGGUUUUAUUUCACUUUUCUCCCCCAAUGAUUGAUUCCAGUGCUAGUGAAAGGUGCUAGGCAGAGCACCAGAACUGGCACGGGAAGGGCUGGGGUAGUGUGUAGUUUCCUGUACUGUACUGCCAAUAUUCCUCAACCUGGCCUAGCAGGUUCCACCGCUGGUGUUGGAGGGUAGCUCAGUCUUUACCUCCAUUCAGUCUUUGCCCUCCCUGCUUAACGGUUUACUGCCCUGUGCAGUGAUAGUUCUAGUGAGGUAGAUGCUUAUCUAUGGGAAACUGAACUGAGAUCAUCAUGCUCAUUUCCCAAAGGCUAUGAGAGAGCCUUGAGGCCAUUUUGUCGUUUACCAGUCUGAGCUGGAUUUGAACUGAUGACCUAAGUACCUGUCCCUGUCACCAUGACAGCUUGUUGUUAGUGCAGGUCCCCUUUGUCAGGUAAAAAGAGUACCUUAGUUUUGCAUAGAUUAGGAGAGCCCAGCUUUUUAUGCAUACGAAGAAAAGAGUGCAUUUCUAGCUUUUAAAAUGUUAAAUUACAUGCUGUUAAAGAAAAAAAUCACGUUGCUCUAACAGGUGAAAUUCACCCGUGUGCAGACUUACGCACCUCUUAACUUCCACUUAAAUCCUCACAUUAGCACUUACGUGGUAUCCUAGACCUUAUGUUGUCCCCCUGCACAGUAGCCAGUUUCACCCAGUUAGAGACAAGGUCUUCACUAAACAGUGUGUGUAAGUUCCUGCAGCUUCUGAGGAGCAAUCACUUUGCUUGGCAAAGAUUGAAGUAGGGUUAACACCCUUAAAUGUGACAUACUGAACUAAAGCAUCCCUGCCCAAUGAGGAUAGUAUGUCUGUGAUAUAAAGCACCUUCGUGCAAGGUACAGUACAUGGGAGGGGGUCAUUUUUAGCAUAGGUAUGUUGCCAAGCAGCUCCUGUAUUAAUGGGAGUCACAUGAUUAAAAGAACCCUUGUGCAGUGACUUAAAUUUUACCAUUUCAGUCUGAUGGGAAGACAGGUCACACAAAACCAUCUAUUUCAUUUCUUCCCUCUAUUCAUCUCCUAGAAAAGGAUCCCCUUCCCACUCCCCUGUGGGAUUAUUGUUUGCUUGAGAACAGUGAAAGUCUUUCCUUAAAAAGGGAAGGAAUGUUACACAACACAAAACUCUGAGGGUGCCCACUGGUUGUUGUUAGGAGACAACAGUACACUGUGGCCGGUGGUACUUUAGUAAAUGGAGAUCUAGUCAGUGCCGCAGUUGUUGACCAUACAACAGUAUGUGCCAUGUGAUAGGUUUAGUUUGCAUAUUUCUUUGAAUAAUUAUUUUCACUGUAUAAGAUUGUUUCUGCCCAUAGCCCUCUCAUGUCCUAAUAGGUCUCUACUCAAGACUUGCUUAGUUUCAAUUUCAUACAUACAAACUGUCCACAGAAGUUAAAAGAAAAUUGCCAGCCAACAAACUGAUAUAUUUCUUUAUGAAUCGGACCCACAAUUUGGUUCAGUUGUCAUCAUUUGCCCAUGAGGGGCUGGUAUUUAUCUCAAAUAAGGGUUCCUUUUAUCUCUCGCGACUUAGGACAGGCUGGGAGGGAUAGGGAGCUAGCUUCUAUUGAAGUCUCUGGGAUAUAUACCAUUGACUUCAGUGCCUGCAGGAUCCAGCCCAGGGUCUUUCUGGGUUCAGAUUUAGGCCACUGAAGUCAGUGGGAACACUUCCAUCGAUGUCAGUUGUUGCAGGAUCGAGGCCGGACUCAGAAUUGUACAUAAUUCUGCACUGAAGCUAUGUGCAUUCAAAAUACUUGCUAAUGAAGGGACUGCGUUAUUGUCAAUAUACCUUAGGCAACCAUGAAUACGAAAGCUAAAGAUAAAUGCUUUUAUAUAUUGUAACUCUUGUCUUUACUAGAGCUUCAGUAACAUGCUACAUUUGCUUUAAAUGCCACCGUUACUAAGCUUGUAGAGAAAAUGACUAUUAGUGCUUGUCUUUACACAAUACCUUACCCAUAUUUACUGUAUGAACUCCCUGCCAUAACACGUACGUCAGGGCGGUCUUUAAAAGCAAAAAGACUUUGACAUUAGCAAAAACAGAGUUCCUAAAACUGAUUAUAUAUCUGCAUCCACUCUCCAAAUUUCAUUUUUUUAAAGGUUUCAGAGUAACAGCCGUAUGUAUUAUCCAGCAGUCAGCAUAAUUACUACACUGAGCGUUCAAAUGAGACUUUAGCAGUAAAGAAACUCAUGCAAAGGGAAAGCCAGGGACUACUAAGCUGUAUAUUAGAACUCCCCUUUUUAGAAAGGUUAAAGUAGCGCAAGUGUGGUCUACAUUUGUUUCCUUCAAUCACGUGUUUUCAAUCAGAUUUUUUUCCCAAUACAAACAUGAUACAAAAAAUAAAAAUUAUGAACUUAAAUGACCACCUGCAACAUGUGGCAUAGCCAAAUGAGAUCUAAACCCUGCUAACCCUCCACUCAGUCUUUGAGACUGCUCCAUUGUUAAAGAGGGAGCUUCCUGGGGCACUUGGGAAGAUGUCCGGUUUGUUCGAGCCCCGUAGCCAUGCUAGAGCUGAAUGAACAGGUCUGUAAUUGUUGCACUCCUUGAAUGUGCAGGGCUCUUAAGUGGAAUUGGCUUUUGUUUGAAUUGGGGGGUUGGGGGUGGGGUUUUUUUUUUAAUAUUUGUUGUUAUGGCUUUAAGUUUCCUAUUAUAAAGGGGAGUGAGUGACAGACCAAAGACUGUUAGAAGGGCAGCCCCACACCCACUUAUUAACUUAAUAGUGCUUAUUGGAACUGGGCAGGAAACCCAGAGUUCAUUGCAUAGCUUCUGGGCACUAGACGAGAACAACAAGGAAAACUAAAAUUCAGUUAAUAGGGGAAAGAAAGUAAGUGUAAGAUUCUGUGCUGUGUACAAAAGGCAAAGAGUGGUCUAAAAACUGAAAGAAGAAAAAAUGCAGUAUCGAAGCAGGUUGUUACUAUCGUAACAUUUCUGUUUGGGGAGGGAUAAAUAAGCUAAAUGUUGUUAGCUGCUCAUGUGCGUUCUUGCCUUGAUGUGUGUGGAACUCCGACAGUGCCAGUGAGACUUACCUGUGCAGAUCAAGGAGAGCCCUAUAGCCCUAAGCUUGUGCUUCAGUGAUGGCCGUCGCAAGUGUUUGGCUUGCUGCCGAAAGGCCAUCGGAAAGUUGGACCUACGAACACCUAAUUGCACCUGCAGUGUAGAAGAGUAACUACGCCGUGACUGCUCAAUCUUUAACACCCAUACAGUUAAGCAGAAUUACUGUUGGACUACUUUUUGGUAAUUUUGUUGGCUUUUUUUUAAGUUUGAAAUUUUAUUAUUCAAAAAACAAAUGGGGAAAAAAGCUGGUAAUAGAUUUGUGAAGCAUUUUCAACCAGUGGGUUGGAAAUUUUCAAAUCUGGAAAUUUCAAAAUAUUUUAAAUUUUGCAAAACAGAACAUUUUUAAGUCUUAAUUUCCCUCCCUACUUCCCCCCCUGCCCAUCUCUAAACAAUUACCACUGAAUAUUUAAGCAGGCAGAAAGCGCUAUUGAUGUGUGAUUCAAACUCAGUCCUUCCUUCUUCUCUGCACUCUAUGCUUCUGUAGAAACCCAUCUAGGUAGGACUCAUUGUUUUCACAGCUGACCUAACAGAGCUUAUGGUUGAGACAUGGGGAGGGUUAGAAAUUGGCUUGGCACUGGUACCAUAGAUUGGUCUAUCAAGACAGCGAUGAAGUGAGCAGGGGGAAAGCAUGUUAAUAGAUAUCUCCUUAGUGAUAUUGAUAAAGUGAUUCUCUUUUGUCUGUUUACACUAUUACCUUUAAAUUAACAACAAAUUUGGGAUGGAUCUGAUUGUGAUUAUAUUCAAUCUGUGUUUGGACAGUGCCACUUAUCCCAUUUAAAGGCUGUUUGUCUGACCCAUUCUUGUCAGAACAUUGGGGAGUUUGUUUAACGAGGAGAACAAAUUUCCAUCCACAUUAAACACAAUGGUUUGGGAUUGGGUUAGAAAAAUAGAAGGACUAUCUGGUAUUUAAACAAACAUUGUCAUAUUUGAAAAGCAUGUGGUGAUAUAUAUACAGCCCUGAAGCUUUCUAAAGCUAAUAAUUUCCUAAUAUGCAAAUUGCAUUCUAUUGAGUCUUUUCCAAAAAGAAAAAAAGCCACGUUUUUGCUUUGGGGGUUUUUUUGCAGGAAAAGUGGAUAUUUAAAGUUCCAGCACUAUAUAUCCACAGAGAAGGGGGGGAAAUCCUCAAUCAUAAUUCUACUGAGAUUUCCCAAGCACCUCACUUUAAACUAGAAGUACGAGCCUCUGAAAAAAUUAAUUUUGCUACAGGUGUAAUUCCUGUGUGAAAGUCAGCAUCAUUGUCACUUUCAGGAAAUGUCACAUCUUAUUGUUGCCACUCAGAGUCAUCCAAUACCUACGAUUUUCUGUCACAAGCCUUCUAGUACGUUGAUAGCAUCAUGCUACCUAUUCAGAGGAGUCUGGGAUUUCCUCUGAAGCAUCUCAUCCCUUUUCGAAAGGGCAUCGGAAGGAGAGAUUUGUGCAAAAAAAUAUAUUAAAUUUGCAUUGUGCCCUGCUCCCAAAUACUUAGGAUAGAGACAUGCUGCCUUAGAAAACAGGUCCUUUAUCAGAGAGAUUUUUAAAAAGGCACUUUGGGACCUUUCAUCAGGUUCUCCUGGAACAGAAAUGGUGAAACUUUCCAAUACAUUAGCCAUCAUAGUAAUAAGCCCACCGCAAAUCAUGUCUCACGUGCAUCUUUGCUUGUAACAAGAAUUUAAAAUUCCUUUGUGCUCUUGCAUUUCCCUCCCCGCACCUCAAAAGGCUUAACCACUGAUAAGAAAGCAAGCAUUUUGAAGCCUGCUUAUCACUUUCUAAAGCAAUGUGAUUUCUGUGUUCCUUUAAAAGAUCUCUCAUAAUGGAACCCUUGAAGUAGGCUUGAACUGGAGAGUAAGGAAACCAAUUAUUUAUGGGUGGUCCCAUUUUUAUGUAUGAUUGGAUUACAGGAACUGAAAAAUCAAAUGUUGCCCUUCUGGUGCCACCCACACCUUGUUAGCUACCGAUAUUUUUCUCUCCUAAACGUUUUAACUAGAUUUCUUAUACAAUAGUGCCUACAGAGUAGGGAAAUUAGCAUCUUAUUUUGAAAGAGAGUGGACACGCCUGCUAAUCAUCCUUAUCUAGAACUGAAGAGGACCCAGAUAUGGACACUAUUAUUAUAAUAAUUUGACUUUGGGGCAGUAUUAAUGAUGUUGGUAAUGGGGAUUAGACUAGAUGACCCUUGCGGUCCCUUCUAACCCUGUAAUUCUAUAUUACAGAUUCUAUGUAUACACAGCCUAAGUGGUAUAAAUAGCAACAAGAAAUACUAUACCCUAGUCUUGCUAGCCAUCUUGCACCCCUCAAGCAUCUGUAUUAAUGCCAGAAGGCCCAACAGGGCCCAUUCUUAAAACUAACUCUGCUUUCUGCUCUAAUUAAAUGUCUGUUUGGACACACAGAAAAGUGCAGAAAGCUCAGGAAUAAGGAAAGAUGAAAUGUUUCAUAUACUCACCUCAGAACAUGAACCCUGUGAAGUUUGGGGAUUUUUUACUUGACUCAUCAUGAGCUAGCUGGACGAGCAGCCUGAGGUGGAAAUAAGAGCGAGGGUGAUAUCGGGUGACUAGAUUGUAGCUUGGUAGCGGUUUACGAAGUCCUGCCCCUUGCAGAGGGUCAGAUUCUCAGCUGGCGCUAAUGCCACCUUCCACCAUUACUUCAGAGCUGUGCUGAUUUACACCAGCUGAGGAUCUGGCCCAGAAAGCCGGUCACCUUUGAGGAUGUUGAAAAGGAGAUUUUUGCCACCUGCUCUAAACUACAGCCUGCUAAUCGACGUGUGGAAAUGAAAAAAGAAAAUCAGAUUAAACCAAAGUGGCUGAAUGGCAGCCUCUAUUCCUUCUCCAUCAGUGAGUCCCCACUAGCAGGUUGGGCCAAUUAAGGAACAAUGGCAAGCUGUCCUCGCAACUGCUGCCUCAACCCCAUACCUGAAAAUCAAGACAAGUUCAUUCUGCUUUCCACCUUACCACCAGCAAUCAGAGUUUAGCUGGCAAUUGGGUAAAUAAUGUAUGAGGCAGGGAAGGAUACAGCUUGAUCUUCGGCUCUAUUUUGGCUCCGCAGUGCUGACUAUAGUAAGAACUGGAUUUAGGGCCAGUUCUGCAGCAUUUACUGUGAAGAGCUCUUACUCACAUGAGCAGUUGCACUGAUUUUGGGCGUUGUCCAGUGAACUAUCGAUUCCAUUCACGUCUCUGGGGCUACUCAAGAGAUCCUACGCUACUCAACGCUAUAAAGGAGGAUUAAUUCAUUUACUAACAACGGAAUGAAUCUAUGACUCAGAAGGCAUAAAAAGAGCAGCCACCGGUCUCCAGCGAUCAGAUCCAGAUAUGGAUCCAUAUCUGGAGUCUGUAGAAGUUUGAGGUCUAUAGAAGUAGAAGUCUGUAGAAGUCUAGUCACCUCUGCAGGAGGCUUGGAUCCAAUGUUCUAGUUCAGAUGCGUAUUUUUAUUUGUAGUCGUUUUUUCUGACCUUGCCCACCCUUUAUUUUAAUAACUUGCCUCGUCCAAAUUCUAGUGUUUGACAGCCCAUAAAAUUGUUUAUGUUAACCCAGUAAAAUGCUUUUCAUAGGGAGAACUGACUGCAGGACAUAGCCUCUGCCAGUUUAAGCAAUGAUAUUUAUACCGUCAAAACCCCAUUCAUCUACGUCAUCAGAGAGCAUAUUGAUAUGCUAUAGCAGGUUUCCAUCUGUGGUAGUAAAAUGCUUUCUCUGACCUCUGUCCCAAUGACCUUGAUAGUGUAAACAUGACAAAAUGAGUGUAAACUGUUAUCACGGUUAUCAUUAAGAAAUUCAUAUUUGUUUGGCACUUUUUUUUUAAUUCAUGUAUGUGUGUGGUUGUGUGAGAAAAUAUAAAGCUUUUUUUUUAUCAAAUAACAUCAAUCCUUGCACAGUCUAUGCAAAAUUUUGUAAGCAUUGCAAUAAUGCUAUGAAUUACACAAGGAACUAUUUUAACUUUAUUACACUUUCUGUAUAAAAAAGAUUUGUAUUUAAAUGAUUUCAACUGCGAACUUGUAAAAUAUAUUAAUAAAAUAAUGAUUGUUAA